AGAAAACCCCGAGUCAGUCAUGAGCGGUCGUUUGGUGUACCAUCUGCUCUGCUGCCUCACCCUUUUUGCUAUUUCUACUUCUUCAAUAUACACACACAUCUUCCUCGUGCUCUUUUUUCUCUCCAUCCGUCUCAGUUUAUUCCCCACUUUGUGUUUUGUUUAUAUAUCUAUCUAUAUAUAUAAACUGCCAUUCAUUGCCCCCGUUUCACUGCAUCUGCAUCCCAUCAAAUUUUAAAUGCGACAAGUACAGUACCUGUGCCUUACAUCUUAGAGUCUCCUCCCUCUGUUGUUUCUUGUUGCCGGAGAGAAAUGGGUUCCUCUGAAAUUGUGGAUUCCGGCAGGUUUUCAGGCGGGAGGUCUAACUUCUCCAGGACUUGUAGCCUUUUGAGUCAGUAUUUGAAGGAGAAGGGCAGUUUUGGUGAUCUAACCCUUGGCUUGGCUCAUAACUUGGAAACCAAAGCAGGGGCUCCAACAGAGACGAAGAACUUGCUGCCGAUGAUUGAGAAAUCUGGUCGGAGUUCGGGCCCCGGAAACCUCAACUCACCGCCGACUAGAGAUGAAAUCCUUAACAAAUCCGAUCUGAGCGGCACGAAACCCGAGGCGGAAACUGCGCAGAUGACCAUAUUCUACGCCGGCCAAGUCUUGGUCUUCGAUGACUUCCCGGCGGAAAAGGCCAGAGAAAUCAUGAUGUUAGCCAGCUCCGCCCAGAACCACCCCAACCCCACCGUCGCUCCACUCCAGAGCCCGGCGGAAUCCACCACCAACGUCGUCCCGACUUUCGCCAUACAGGAGCGUCCUCUCCACUCCGCUAGGCCGCCUCUUGAUUCUGAUUUACCUAUUGCCCGGAAAAACUCACUAGCCCGCUUCCUGGAGAAGAGAAAGGAUAGGAUCACAGCAAACGCGCCGUACCCAGCAAACAAAGCGGCGGAGGCGGAGGCAUGGCUGGGAUUGGGUCCUCAGCUUCCUCUCCGGAUUCAGCGCCACUAGUCAUCAAUCAAUCAUCAUAACUAGUGUUAGUACUUAGCAUAUAUUUUUGUUAGCCUUCAUUAAUUAUUAUAUAUGAGUAGAACAGCAGUGCCAAAAUUCACUAUCUUGAUUAUUAUUAAUAUGAUUAGAAGGCAUAUUAUUAGUUCCGAUCUAACAGAUUUAUCGAUCUGAUAAAUUUCAGAGACAACAUAUAUAUAUAGAUCAUUUUUUUUUUUUAAAUCUCUUUGUUGAGAUGAUGUAUCCAUACUAUAUAUUAUGUUAUUUUAGGUAA